AUGAGUAGACAUCCGAGGUUUUCCAGUUUGCCGAAUUUGUGUUCAAACUGCCACUGCGAUCAAUCAAACCAGUUAUUUAAUUUUGCUGAAGAAGAAGCUGUGGUAAUGGCUCAUGAGCUUGAACAUCUUAAUUUGGACCCCUAUGUCUCCAACAACGUACUUGCCACGUUGAAGAAACACCUUGUCCAAGGCAUGCAGAAUUAUCAGAGUCGUCUUCGCUCCUCUUGUCCUGAAAGCACCGUUUUUAACCAAUCUAGGCCAGUUUCUUGCCGCGCUCGCUCCUCCUCCUCUUCUUCUUUUCCGCCACCCAAUCCCUGUCCUUCUCCUAGUCCAUCCAAUAAUUUUCAUCACUCGAAAACUCCGUUCCAAUCAGGAAUGUCGUCCCAGCCUUGUUCUCCUGAUUCCUGUCUCCCUUUCCAUAUCAUCCCUCCUGUAUGCUCGCCUUCUCCCAACCCCUCGCAUACUCCAUCUCCCAAUAUCAAUUCGAAGAGGCCUAAUGAGCCCUCUCCAGACUGCUUAUCUCGGUCACAUACACCUGAGUGCCGUCUUAAUCCCAAUCGUUACGAUCUUGCUCCACAAGUGCCUUUGGGCUAUCCAGCUAUUAAAUGUAUGGAUCAGAGCCAGAGUCCUCAGUUGAACAAUCGCCACGACAAUGAAGUGCACCCUCUGUGUCAAGAAUCAGGUGUUUGUAGAGCCGCAUUGAGCCCUAACCUCCCCCAGUCACAGGACCCUGAGUCACUGAAUCUGGAUUGCUCGCAAAUCACUAAAGUCUACCUUUUGAAAGAAUGCUCGCCCGUUGAGGAAUCACCUUGUUGUCAGUUGAUUUUGCAAUCAUCUCCUCAACAGCUAGACGAUCAAGGCUACCCUCCCUGUAGUCGGACAAGGCAGAGUGAGCUGUCAAGGGUAAAUAGACGCUUCUGUGGUGAGAAUCAUGGUCACCCAUCUCCCCGUCGUCAAAUGGAGCCUCAGGUUCCAGAUCAUGAAAGCCAGCCUCAGCAGGUUCUCGUUUGUUCACCGCGAAAGGACAACGGCUGUCCGUGCAAAAAACAAAACUGUCCAUUAUCGAAAGAAAAGCAAGACUUAUUGGCUAGUAAUCCAAUUGUGCGAUGUGGCUUUUUGCGCUUAGUAGCAACAUUUCAUGGAAAACUUACCAGGGAUCUCUUCAUCACUGAAAAGGUGAUCGACAUGAUACGCAUGAUAAAGGACACAGCAGAAGUACUGUUGUCCUUUUGCUCCGACAAGAAAUCCACGUUGGAGAAGGAGGAGGAGCAAUUCGCCUGCCGUCUGCAAUCGCAAUUGCAAUCCUCGCUGUCUCGACUGCAUCAUCUCUUCAUAGAGACCACAUCAGAGGAGCGAUUGGCGGCUUUGCGGGGCUCUCACAACUGGCGAGCGGCCAACAACUUCGGUCAGCCGCGACAGCGCUCUCCACCUGUUCCUGCGCUGGCCUGUGGCACCUCGCUCCCGACGCCCCCCCCGCAGCAGCGGCAAAGGCGUCAGGAGCACGAGAAGCCGCCGUCCGACGCCUCGUCCGACGUGCUCCGCUUUUGCGACGACUGGUAUCAAUGCAACCGUCUCUGCGCUCUCGCCAAUCUCCGACUGAAUCCCCGCGCAGUCCCCGCAACGACCUGUCCUCCAAACUCGCCGCGCACAGCCUGCUUCACGUGCCAGCGUCGAACUCAACCUCCACCCUCCUCGUUGUUGGAGCGAAAGCAGGCGCCCUCAAGCCGAAAUCAACGCCAGGGGGAGCGAAGAUCCUCACUCGAGAGAAAUCAACAUCCCAUGACGGAGAAAGGGCAGUGGCAGUCGGAACGAAGUCGUUGCCCGGCAGAGAGACUCAAACCCUUAUCAAAGGAGAAUCCGUGUCUCUCGGACCAAGGACAACUGCCACAGCGCCCACUGAAGCGAAAGCAGUGCCAAAUGGAUCGAACCCGCCCGUUGGGGCGAUCCAAAUCUUCAGGGGAAAAGAAACAACGUCAUUUAGACCAAUGUCAGCGUUCUCCCCUGUCGCCCUUGAUGCUGGCAUCAGAGGAAGCGCCGAGGUGUCUAGACUCGUGGGAGGAGGAGGGCGAGAAUCUGCCGCACCGAGAGGAGAUGGUGGAUUCACCGAGACCGCUGGUGCGGCUAUGGCGGGAAGGAAGCGAAAAGUCGCUCGACUCCUCGGACCUCAGCAACGCCGCGAUUGCCCCUUGCAGUGGAUCCCGAGACGAGAGCUCGACACACAGCCAGGACCUUGUACCGGGGGGCCCGGUGUCAGCUGUUGUGACAAUUCCAGGCUUCCUAUCGGUAAACCUGCACCGCUGGCCCAGUCGUCACAGCCUCCAUAUUUACAUGCCGGAUUGUGGACCGAAUCAGGGCAAGCAAAACGAUGCACCUCAAGAACCCGACGAAUGUCAGGCGAUCACCCUGAAAUCCAAUCCUUCUGUGGAGGAGGCCCCGAACGGUCCCGAAAUGUCGACAAUGAUGUCAACAUCAGAUACAGUGGAAAAGAAGAAAACACAUCUGAGUUGUUGUGGGAAGCCGAGGAACGAAUCCUCCAACACCAACAACACGACCUGCCCGAGUGUUCCACACCCCAACGAAGAGGACGUGGAGGUGGGUGUGGAGGUUGGGGUGAACCUGCGACUGCAGAUGUAUCGAAUGGCCAAUCAACUGAGGCAGGAGAAACGGCUCUUGCGUGGCCGAGUAAUGCCUUUCAGACACACCAAGUCUUUAAGCAUUCAAUAUUUUUUUUGUUUCUCGCAUCUAGUUCCGGAGGUACAUCCACUGUUCGCACCGACGGUGCCUCGUGGAGAGACUCAAUUCUCCGAUAGCCUCACCAACAUCGACGACGUGUGCGAGAUGACCUGUAAGUGGGUCGAUGCGCGAGUGUCGGUAAGUGAGAGAGAGAGAGAGAGAGGUGCCUUUGAAGCUGCCAGUAAUGCUGACGACGAAAACGACGUCGAUGACGAUUUCGGCCUACUUGGAGGACGUAGUUUGCUAAUGCACAUGCUUUGCAGCUGGAAAAUACGUCUGCUGUGGAUGGCUGAAUCCACAGCGAUGUUCAACGGAGGAGACAUCAAAAGGAUUUGGACUAUUUUCAACAACCUCACGCUUGAAUUACAAAUGAUAACGAGCAAUGCGGUGAGAAAAGACUCUAUCGAGAUGACUAGUCGAGAUAAAUUUGCUUGCAUACUGCGCGCUCCUUUGAAGGCCUGCCUAGUUCUAUUGUAUUACACCACUUGUGUUAUCCAUGAAGAUAUUGUCGUGGAUACAGGUCUAAAGUCUACGGAAUCCGUGGAAGACUGGAUAGAAGAAGAGGAGGUGGAGGAGACUUCGAAUUGGGCCCUUCCAACGAGGCAGCACUGCGGUGAGUGGCCAGAUGGCUCCGAUGGGUUUCAUUGCAGUGAAGUUCCCAUAACUUUUCUAACUUGUCUAGUAAAGGAAUCCCUUUCACCAAACAGUGGGGCUAAUCUAAACGACAACAUAAUGUACAAGAGCUGUCGAGAUAAAUGUCGGUCAAAAAGACAUUUGAGUGGCUAUUGCAAUCGCUACGAGAUGUGA